CCUGGACAGAAGGUCUGGAUUGGUGCAAUGCUGGUUGGAUCCUUGAUGGGACUGUCCACUACCCCAUCAUCAACUCCAGGGAACCUUGUGGGGGUCGUCUCCUCCUGCCUGGGGUCCGAACCUAUGGGGCCAGGGACAAGCAGAAGGACAGAUUUGAUGCUUUCUGCUUUACUUCUGCUCUUCAAGGUCAAGUCUACUUCAUCCGUGGCCACCUGAACUUCAAGGAGGCUGCCCAAGCUUGCCACAGCCAUGGAGCUGCCCUGGCCAAGGUGGGGCAACUCUACUCUGCCUGGAAGUUCUCCCAGCUGGAUCGCUGUGACGGGGGGUGGUUGGCCGACGGCAGCGUGAGGUAUCCCAUCACCACCCCCCGGGAGCGUUGCGGGGGCCUCCCCGACCCCGGGGUGAGAAGCUUCGGCUUCCCCAGCAAGGAGAUGAGGACUUAUGGCACCUACUGCUUCGUUAGGAAGUAG